AAGAAAAAAGAAGAAGAAGAAAGGGUACAAACAGACACUAGCCAUCGAUCGAAUUAUCGGCACAAACUCUGUGAGAUCAAAUUAAGUUGCUGAAAGAUGCAGAGACAUUCAGCCAUUCAGGGCAGCCACAAUACAGUAGAACCUUCCCCUUGGAUCAUGAGCCACAAAGCAGUUGGUGUACCAUGCCUGCCUUUCUGUAAUAGUAAGGUUUUAGGAGUACCACUGGUGCUGCAUGCUACUGCUGUUAAAUGGCUGUAGACCUGGUGCCCACAUUGACAAUUUUGGGUUUCAGUAACAGCUCACUAAUUCACCAUGAAUAGCAAUUAAGCUGAUCCAUCUCAUGCCAGGCCCUAAUUGGCCUGGACAAAUCACUUCCCCCUUUUCUGAAACUUAUGCAGUGAAAGGCGACAGUUGGUUGUGUUUGUGCUGGGUACAGAAAUUACAGAUAUGGUAGUAAUAUCUAUUUACUUAGCCCCAUUUCACUCCACAGACCAUUUCGUUUCACUGGACAUACCACAUAGUAGAACUGUACAAGCAGAGAGCGUUUGAAGGUAUCAAGAUUCAAGAAUCCAUCCAUCGUGUUGAGAUCGUUGGAUCAAUUUCCUAUUUUCUGAAAAGCUUCUGUUCUGCUCAAUUCUUCUUCUGAUUAUUGGCUCUGCAUGACUGCACGAAGCUGCUGCAGAGACUGUAACAGAGUAGUGCAGGUGGUGGUGGCAGCAGGAUCGUAGAGCGGUUUCUUGUGCAGAGAUGGGCAAGGCGGGCAGGUGGCUGAGAAGCUUCCUGACAGGCAAGAAGGGCAAGGACAAGGGGCCGGGGAAAGGCGACGGCCCGCCCCCGGCGCCGGCCGCGAAGGAGAAGAGGCGCUGGAGCUUCCGCCGCGCCCCGGCGGCGGCGUCGGGGAGCACGACGUCUCGUGGACAGCUCGCGUCCACGUCGUCGCCCCACUGCUUCUCAGAGGCGGCGCGCGUCGCGACGGCGCAGAAGGAGGAGGACCAGCAACACGCCGCCGCCGCCGCCGUGCCCGAGCCCGGGGCCGCCAAGAUCGCCGCCGCCGUCAAGAUCCAGUCGGCCUUCCGGUCUCACCUGGCGAAGAAGGCGCUGUGCGCGCUGCGGGGGCUGGUGAAGCUGCAGGCCAUGGUGCGUGGCCAGCUGGUGCGGCGGCAGGCGGGCGCCACGCUCCGCCGCAUCGAAGCUCUCGUCGCCGCCCAGCGCCGCGCCAGGGCCGCGCACCUCCGCCUCCGCCUCCUCCUCGACGACGACGCCGGCGCCGGCACGCCGCCACGGCGCCGCCGCUCGCCGCAGCACAACCAGCAGCAGCGGCGGAACAGCAGCUGCUGCUCGACGCCGCCGGGGGCAAAGGGCGCCGGGAUGCCGACGCCGAUGCCGAUGCCGAUGCCGGCCGCGUCGGGGGAGGAGGACGCGAGCGCGCAGACGUGCAGCGGCAGGCUGGACGACGACGAGCAGCACUACUCGGCGUCGGCAUCGGCAUCGGCGUCGGCGUCGGCGCUGUCGUCCUCGGAGGCGGUGAGCGGCGGGCCAAGGCGCGCGAGCUACAUGGCCAACACGGAGUCGUCGCGGGCCAAGGCGCGCCGGUCGCAGAGCGCGCCGCGGCAGCACCACCACCGGCACCCCUUGGCGGCGGCCGGGGCCGGGGCCGGGUUCUCGCCGUCGCCGUCGCGCAGGGCUUCGAUCGACCCGCGGGACCUCCUCGGCGAGCCGCGCGCGCUCGAGCCCGGGAGGAGGAGCUCCGACGAGCGGCCGUGCCCGUGGGCGGCGCGGCUGGAGUGCAUGGGCGCGUCGUCGGCCCCCGGCAACGGCAGCGAGUGCGGGUCGACGUCGGGCACUGUGGUGACCUCGGCGGCGCGCAUCCCACGAUGAUCUCUCUCCGCUUAUCUCUUGGAGCUAAGGCUCUGACAUAGCACGUAGCACAUCCAGCUCAAAAAUCACGGCGGAAAUUCAAAAUCAUAACGCGAAUAAUAUACUCACUCUUUUUAGAAAGGUUAACGCAUUUGGUUUCGCUGAAACAAGUUCUCAAAAGUUCUCGCUGAUAAUUGUGAUUUUCUAUUAUAUAAAUCAUAUACUAAUAAAUUUA